UUGGUUGGCGAAUUGAACAAACAGAGUGGGAAAAACAAAGCCAAAAAAUCUGAUAUUUCCGAAAUUUUGUGAAGAAAGACAGACGUGGAACCAAAAGCAAAUGCCUAGUGUUUGACAAGCUCAACCCUCUCUCUGAUAUGGCCAGCGAAAUCUCGGACAGCAUUGCUAAACUCAAGGUGACGUUCACAGAUUGAACCAAUACCAAACAGAGCGACCUAAGAUGAAGAAGAACAACAACAACACCCACCAACCAUUUAUAUAAAUCACCUUCCUCUAUCCCCCUCCUUUUCCUUUCCAUCCCUUUCCAUCCAAUCCAAAGCUUCAGAAGGAAAUAAAACAGAGCAACUAGCUAGCAUUCGGACUCGGAUCCGACAUUGUCGGACCCGUCCGCUGCAUGCUCUCUCUCUCUCUCUGGCUUUGGCUCUGUUUGUUGUUUCAGAGAGAGGGAGUCUAAUCUAUAAUCUAUUAUAGAUACAGGCACAAAAGUUGGAGUACUUUAUGAACACAUUUGUGUCGUAGGGAAUUGCCUGAUUUAGAAGCUGCAAUGGGUGGUUGUGUGUCAACCCCAUCUAAAACGAUUAAAUCACAGAAAAAAAGCCGUAGGGGCAGCAAAUUCCAUGGAAAGAUAAAUGGUACUAAGAAGAAGAAUAGUGAUGGAGGAGCUCGAGUAGCAGAUUAUUCUGUCAGCGAGUUUGUCCAUAUGGGGUUUGAGAAUGGUGCAACAGCUACUUGCAAAAGGUCCAAGGUUUCUAAUUCAAAAUUCCAUCUCACGGAGCUGCAAUGGCACCACACUCCAUCUAAUGCGAAUGCCAUUUGCCAAGAUGAAUCUUGGUUUGACUCCGUCAGUGUACUGGAAUCUGAAUCAGAUGACGAAUAUGUUAGUUUACAUGGAGAUAGUUUUCCAUUAUCGGGCAAUGCAAUUGGGAAUAUCCCUGGUGGUCAAGUACUUCAGUAUGAAAGGUCUUCAUGCUUUGUUGAUAAUGGGUGCAAGUAUGAAGAAUACCAGAGCUAUACAAAAAUAGAUGGAGGUAAACUCAUGGGUAAAGAUGAACACAGGGAUUCAAAUCGGUUUCCCCGUACUAGUAUCCAGGGCUUAGACAGGAAGAAGAUGCUAGACCAAGCUCGUGGAAGCUUUAAAGGACUGAGGGAGGAUCGACGUGAUUCUAAUGAGAAAUCUGGCUUAGCUCGAUUAAUACAUUCUCUAAGUUUCAAUGAUAAGAAUCUACAUGCACAAACACACUCUCAAAGAAAGCCAUCAACAGUUUUCAGGCUUUCUUUUAAGAGGCGGUCCUGUGAUGCAGAAGAAAACAAUGAACAAUAUCAAUCAAAAAGGUUUCUGAGUCGGCCUAGAGCAGGACUUGUCAUUCCCUGUUGUAAAGGAGAGAAGAUGACUCCAGGAUGUUGGUCUGAGAUUCCACCCUCCAAUUUCAAACUCCGUGGCGAAAACUAUUUCAAAGAUAAAAAGAAGGCACCUGCUGCGAACUACAGUCCAUAUACUCCAAUUGGUGUUGAUCUAUUUGUCUGCCCCAAAAAGAUACAUCACAUUGCUCAAUAUCUUGAGCUUCCAAAAGUAAAUGCAGAUGUAAAAGUGCCUCCACUCCUCAUUGUAAAUAUACAGUUGCCUACUUAUCCAGCUGCCAUGUUCCUUGGUGAUAGUGAUGGAGAGGGAAUGAGUCUUGUACUGUAUUUUAAAGUUUCUGAGAAUUUUGAUAGAGACAUCUCUCCCCAAUUCCAGGAAAGCAUCAAGAAAAUGGUUGAAGAUGAAACAGAAAAGGUCAAAGGAUUUGCAAAGGAUUCGACUGUACCUUUUAGAGAAAGGCUAAAGAUCUUGGCUGGGGUGGUUAAUCCUGAUGAACUCAAUCUGAGUUCUGCCGAAAAGAAGCUUUUACAUGCAUAUAAUGAUAAACCAGUACUUUCACGCCCCCAGCACGAAUUUUAUAGGGGUCCUAAUUAUUUUGAGAUUGAUCUGGACAUUCAUCGGUUCAGCUACCUUCCUCGGAAGGGACUUGAAUCUUUUAGAGAACGUCUGCAAAAUGGAAUCCUAGAUAUGGGUUUAACUAUCCAGGCACAGAAACAGGAAGAGUUGCCAGAGCAAGUGCUGUGCUGUAUGAGACUGAACAAGAUUGAUUUUGUUGAUCAUGGUCAAAUGCCAAGUCUGGUCACUAAUGAUGAAUGACAUAGAUGAUUAGAUGCAGGGAAUGGAGUUUAGAGAAUGCAGAUAAUCAUGAAAUUCGUGAUCAAGCGUUCUGUAAAUUCAAGAAGAAGAGAAGAUAAUAUUUAUACCCAGGAAAGUCUUCCUUUGUAUCAUUGCAAUAAUCACUAGUUUGAGUCGAUGUGACUCUACUACCCUCCUGCAGCUUUGUAUGUAUACCCUUCAUAAGCUGCUUAGGAGUUAGGAGUUAGGACUAGGGUUUGGCAUUGGUUCACAAUUUCACAUGUAUGUAAUUGCAACAAGGUCUUUGCAAGCAUGCUCUACGCUAGUUCCUUGUGUUAAUUAUUAAAAGUUAACUAAUGAUUACGCUUAAUCUUAA